ACAGAAUCGCUCUUGAAGUUUUCCACGGUGAGUGCAGAAAGAUUGUUUUGGAACCGAACGGCCACUAGAAUUCCAAGUCGUACACCGCUCUUCAUCUUCUGCUUUUUCUGAACUCCCACUCUCACGCUGCCUCUGUCACAUAAAAGAUAUGCUAAGGUUUGGCAUCAUCUUCUGCCAUUUUAUUUUCCCGGUCUGAUUCCUUUUCAAGGAGACAAGCUAAUCAGCGAGCUUGCAAAAACAAAAUCUGCACAAUUUAAUCAAGGUUGGAUAUGGCUUGUUCAAUUUCUCAUAUGAAGGAGACACAUUUUAUUUGGGGUGUGUUUGCCGUUGUAGUGAAAGGAAAUUGGAAAGAUCUGGUGAAGCCUGAUAUUAGUUCUAGCUUCACACCCACAGUCAUGAAUAAGAUUCUGGUUCGGCUUUCAGAAGAAGGGGAGUCUCUUUCAUGGGCAUUUUAUAAAUGGGCAGAAUGCAUUCCUCAUUACAAGCAUUCGUUGCAUUCUAACUGGACUAUGAUUCAUAUCCUCACUAAUCAAAAACAGUUCAUAAUUGCACAAAACUUGCUUGAGAGUAUUGCUCGUAAGGAUUUCCUUUCGUCUCCUUCAGUUUUAAAUUCACUUAUAAGCACCCAAAAUGAUCCCAAUUUAAAUUCACAUAUCUUGAGUUGGCUUGUACUUUUUUAUGCUCAAUCAAAGAUGAUUCAAGAUGCAACUCAAGUGUUUGAGCAAAUGAGGGUUAACAAUUUAAGACCUCAUCUGCAUGCUUGUUCUGCAUUGUUGAAUGCGUUGGUGAAGGCUAGACUCACUGAUACAACAUGGAAAACUUAUAAGAAAAUGCUUCUAAUUGGGGUUGUUCCAAAUAUUCAUAUCUUCAAUGUUCUGAUCCAUGCGUGUUGCAAUUCGGGGGAUGUGGAGAGAGCAGACAAAUUAUUGAACGAGAUGGAAUCGAAGCGUAUUCUGCCUGAUCUUUUCACUUACAACACAUUGAUCUCACUUUUCUGCAAGAAGGGAAUGCACUAUGAAGCUUUGGCUGUUCAAGAGAGAAUGAUAAGAGAAGGAAUAACUCCUGAUAUUAUUACAUACAAUUGUCUUAUUUAUGGAUUCUGUAGACAAGGUAGAAUGAAGGAGGCUUUGAGAUUUCUAAGGGAAAUUAAAAGCGCUGAGCCAAAUCAGAUAACAUAUACUACACUCAUUGAUGGUUAUUGUCGAGUGAAUAACCUCGAGGAAGCUUUAAGGUUGCGUGAAGAAAUGGAGAGAAAGGGCCUGCAACUAGGAAUUGUUACUUACAAUUCAAUCCUUAGGAAGCUGUGUGAAGAAGGAAACACGAAAGAUGCAAAUCAUCUCUUGAAUGAAAUGAGUGACAAGAAAGUCGAACCUAAUAAUAUCACCUGUAAUACCUUGAUUAAUGCUUACUGCAAGAAACGAGAUAUGGUGUCUGCAUGUAGAUUUAGGAUCAAAAUGUUGGAAGGUGGAUUGACCCUUGACCAAUUUACGUACAAGGCUUUGAUUCAUGGAUUCUGCAAUGUCCAGGAUAUGGACAGAGCUAAACAGCUCCUUUUCGACAUGCUUGAUGCAGGAUUAUCACCAAGUUACAGUGUAUAUUCAUGGCUGGUUGAUGGUUACUGCAACCAAAAGAAUGAAGAUUCUGUCCUAAAACUCCCGGAUGAGCUCAUGGAAAGAGGCUUCUCUGUAGGUAUUCCAGUUUACAGGGCGCUUAUACGUAGGCUAUGUAAGAGAGAGAAAAUUGAAUGUGCUCAAAAUCUAUUCAAUCUUAUGGAAGAGAAAGGAAUAUCUGGUGAUACUAUUGUUUACACUAGUCUGGCAUAUGCCUACUUAAAAGCUAGGAAAAUGUCAGCGGCUUCUGAUAUGUUGGAUAGCAUGGGUAAGAGGAAAUUAUUGGUUACGCCUAAACUAUACGAAUCCUUCAGUGCUACUUAUGCCAGCGAUGGCGAUGUCCUACGCCUACUAUGGGAUGAGGUUGUUGAAAGAGGCCUGGUCAUGAAGAAAGUUCUCAACCUCAUGCUAUAAUUGAUCUUGGAAACAUCUUAGAAGGUCAAGUUCAGUAAUACGGAUGUUGCUUAUCAUGUGACCAAGUGGAUGCCAUUACGGACAACUGGACUAUUAAGAUGGAGGUGAUGAAUUCUGAUGCUUUCAUGAACUGCAACCAGAUGCUGUCAGCCUAGUCUGUGCAUAACGAGAAUUGGGGCUGUUUAUGCUCGUUGGUACAAAGUAAAUCGAAUGGUUGAAAUGGUCAGCAGAAGAAGCUGCAGUUCCAUAGGCUAGCUCCAUGGUCCUGUCAGUGAGCUCAUGUUGUGCUAUAUUGCUAUCGGUAAAGUUGGUAUUGCUUCCAUCUUUUAGUCAUUAGUUUAUAUCAUAGUUGAAAAAUUCGAUAAAAGAAAAAUUAGGAUGGACAGUUGGACACACAACAGAAUCACACAAACAGGGCACAAAAUUACAUUGACACUGUAAAUCUGGAAAACCCUCAAUGCUUAGCCAAAAUUUUACUGUAAUCUACAGCAAAUUUAAUUGUGCUCGGAUGAGGGUGAUCCAUCUGAUGUGAGUUUUAACUAGUGCUUGAAGUCUUAAACCCAAUUUGAGUUGGGUUGGAUUAAAGUGGGCUUCUCCAAUUUUUUGAGCUUGAAUGAUUUACUUGUUGUAGGCUUGUAGCUACUAGCUUGGAUGAACCAUUGAUCAUCUCUUGUUCCUUUUUGGAAAUUAUUGAUUUCCUUUAUGGGUUGUCUAAAUUGGGUUUUCUUACGUUUUGGUUUCUGUAAGUUCUGUAAAAACCUUCAAACUUCUCAUCUACCUUCGAGUCACAUAGGCAAUCAAGUAAUGGUACAAGUUGCAGGGAGAUUUACCACCAGUAUGUUGUCGAGUUUUAGCCAUGAGAAAAUCAGUUUCCUGCACUGAAAGCAGUCAGCAGGAACUGCUAUUCCAGCAGGCUUAUGGGUCAUACAUCCAGUAGAGACUGUUGGCCAAGAUUCCCAAGAUGAUGCGCAUGCGUUGCAACCACCAUGCCAAGAGGGAAACUCCAUAGAAAGGCUUAAGUGGAUAUCAGUACAGGUGUUCUUCUUGAGAACAUCUCAAACUGUAUGGAUCUGAAAUACAUAGACUUGCGAGGUUGUUGGGAUGUUAUGCUUGCUCUCAAUGGCCCAAAAAGGAAAAAAAAUCACCUGGAUUGCAAGUAAUUGUACCAGCUGCAGACAAAGGAGUUUGUGGAACUAGGAUUCAGGCAAUGAAGUAGAACGAGAUUAGAA